ACUCCAGAAGUAGCUCCUAGAAGCAGCGUGUGAGUUAGUGUGGUCUUUUGUUAGCUUCCACCAUGGCGUAUCGUGGCCAGGGCCAGAAAGUGCAGAAGGUGAUGGUGCAGCCCAUCAACCUUAUCUUCAGAUACUUGCAAAAUAGAUCUCGGAUUCAGGUGUGGCUUUAUGAGCAAGUGAAUAUGCGGAUAGAGGGCUGUAUCAUUGGUUUUGAUGAAUACAUGAACCUUGUAUUAGAUGAUGCAGAAGAGAUUCAUUCUAAAACAAAGUCAAGAAAACAACUAGGUCGGAUCAUGCUGAAAGGAGAUAAUAUUACUCUCCUCCAAAGUGUCUCCAACUAGAAAUGACUAAUGAAAUGAAAAAUUGUUGCGGAGCAAAUACAGUUUGUGUUUGUGAAAUAUUUUGUUGCGGGUAGUCCUUGAACAUUUAUUCAUAUUGUUUUGAGUACCCUUUUGUUAUUGCCAGACCACAAUGAAUGCUAUGUGAUUGUUUUUAUUAAAAAAUUUACAUUGUUCUUUCCAUCUGGUGGUAGAGACUUUUUUACACAGUGACACCAUUAGCUGUUGGUAUUUUAGUUUUCUGAAGAGUGGCUGUUAGUGGGCAUUUGCUUUUCACAGAGCCUGGUCUAUGGAUUCUUAAGGCAAAGAAUAGGAGUUCUAACUGACAGACAAGCUUCUGAUAUUGGGUAGGAGAGAACAGGAAGGUUCGCAAAAAUAAAGGCUGUUACACUAAUAUAUGUCUUCAUCAUCAAUUCUAAUUCUGGAUGCUGGAACACUACAAUACAUUCGGGACAUAACAUCUAUAGUAUUUCACAGAGUUACUGUGUGUUAAUUUUUUUAAGAUUUUAUUUAUUUUUAGAGACGAAGAGAAGGAGAAAGGAAGAGAAACAUCAGUGCAUUGUUGUUUCUCUCGUGCCUCCUGCUGGGGACACGGCCUGCAACCCAGGCAUGUGCCCUGACUGGGAAUUGAGCCAGCAACCAUUUGGUUUGCAGGCCCGCGCUCAGUCCACUGAGCCACGCCAACCUGGGCUGUUUGUUAAUUUUGUUACCACUAAGAGUAGACUGAGAAAUAUUUGGGCACAGGCAAAGAAUGAAAUGUCUUAAAAGUUUAUUAAAAAUAAGCUCUGUGAAGAGUUAACAGGAGGGAAACUAUGAGAUUGGUAACCUGAAAGAAGAUGACAAGCGUUAUGUUGGUUGGGAAAGCACCUGUCUCUUUUAAGCAUUUUGGUUCCUGCCCCAGUAACUGCUUAUUUCCUAAUUGAAUUGUGUGGACAGAUCUCUCCUUCCCCCAAUAUCUCAAGAUGGUUCUAGUUAGAAUUCUGUAAAAUGGUUAUGGGCAUCUGCUGUUAGAUAGGCACGAAGUUGAAUAAAUAUAAUGGGACAGGCUGGCAAACAAAACAAAUAGCUUCAAUACCACAUGCUAAGUGCUAUUUAAAUUGGAUCUUGAAAGAUGAGAAAGGCCUUCCUUAAAGUUCUGGUAGUGGAGCCCCAGCUGGUGUGGCUCAGUGGACUGAGUGCCAGCCUGCAAACCAAAGCGUCGCCAGUUUGAUUCAUAGUCUAGGGCACGUGCCUAGGUUGCAGGCCAUGUGCCCAGUAGGGGCCACACAAGAGGCAACCGCACAUUGAUGUUUCUCCCUCCAAUCCUCUCUAAAAAUAAAUAAUAAAAAAAUUUUUUUUUUAAAUUCCAGUAAUGGACAGUCCUACCAAGUACCAGCCAGGAAGGACCAAGAGGUCCAUUUCCUGCCUUUCCGAGUGCCUAUGAGGGAGAUAAUGGAACUUUUAUUUAAACUGGGUGAAAGAAACCAUUUGUGAGAAAGAUUGGUAGGUGAGUAUAAAAGUCUAGCUUAUAACUUGUCAUUCUAGGUGUUCUGCUAUUUGAACUUGUGCUUUUUUAGUAAUAUUUUUUUUAAAGAUUUAUUUUAUUUUUAGGGAGAGAAGGAAGGGAGAGAGAGAGAGGCAUCAAUGUGCGGUUGCUGGGGGUUAUGGCCUGCAACCCAGGAAUGUACCCUGGCUGGGAAUCGAACCUGGGACACUUUGGUUCCCAGCCCGCGCUCAAUCCACUGAGCUAUGCCAGCCAGGGUUUUUAGUAAUAUUUUUUUAAACAAAGGGCUGCUUUAGCGCUUAACAUUUGAGUUUGAAAUUCAUUGAAUUUGCAACAGCGUGCAAAGAAAAACAUUGGGCAGCAGAGGGAGUUACAGCCCUAAGACUGCUUCAGCCUUUCUGGUGAAAAGCUUUUUAAGAGCAGAGUAAAGACUGCAGCUUUCUUGGCACCAAAGUAGCUGGGAAAAAGAAUAAAAGCUGGAGCAGUA